ACUGUGAGCAAAGAGCCCGCGGCAUCCAGAGUUGUGCAGAGGAGGGAGGCUGGGUCGGGUUUCAGAGACGCGCACUGAAGGCUGACCUACGGUGGACCGGGAUCGCUCAUAGGAGAAGCAGCGAAUGGAUUUGGAGACAGUUUGAAGAAGAAAAAAGACAUCUGCAAAACUGUUCCCCUCUCCAACGGAGAGAGACUCUCUCAUAAGCACCAGAGCUGCGGGUCGGCAGGAUUCCUCUUCUGUUGGUAUUCAACUGAUGAAGAUAGGGAUUUCCUUGUGGAUAAAACCAAAGUCAGACGUGUAAAAUGGAAGAGGGUCAGAAGUGGGGAGUCGCUGGUAAACCGGGUGAAGAGAGGACUCGCGGCACGCAGGGAUCUUUAAAACAGCCUCUGUGGAGGAACUGGAGAGAUUUGUCUGGCGUAACGAUUUGCGUUGCAGUAUCUGUUCUGUGCAUUGGAGUUUGCAUUGUGGUUUUUGUGCGGACGUCGGAGUUGCAGUCCAGGAUAGUAAGUCUGGAGCAGCAGCAGCGGGACGCACACCUCACCGCGUGGAUGUUGUCUUUGGAACAGGUGGAGCCCGUUAUCCUGGGCCAAUUGGACCAGAUCCUGGAGGAGAAGCUUGCAGCGCGACUACCGAAGACACGGGAGAUGAGAGAAGCUCCCCAAAGCUGCCUGUGUCCCCCUGGACCUCCAGGUCCUCCUGGACGAGCAGGCUUUCCGGGUGACAGAGGAAGUAUGGGUAUUCCUGGAAGAAUGGGCUUAAAAGGACAAGCAGGGGAGAAGGGAGCACCAGGCGAGCCAGGUCUGUCUAUCAUUGGACCAAGAGGACCUCCUGGACAACCUGGAACAAGAGGAUUUCCAGGCUUUCCAGGUCCAAUUGGAUUGGAUGGCAAGCAUGGACAGAACGGACCGAAGGGAGACAUGGGUCAGCGUGGUCCUAGAGGACUUGCAGGGGAACCUGGACCCAAAGGGGAGAAGGGCAUAUGUGGAGACUUCACACACCGGAAGCGGCGUAUUGUACAGCCCUGUGGUGGACAGUUGGCCACACAGGGCGAGCCUGGCAUGCAGGGACCCCCAGGACCUCCAGGGCCUCCCGGUCCCCCAGGGACCCCAGGCCUGAAUGGAGCCAGUGGCCCACCAGGUAAGUCUGGUGAACCAGGCAAACCAGGAAAAGACCCAAGGCUUUUACCAGGACUGAAGGGUGAGCCAGGUGUGCCAGGACAAAAGGGUGAUCGAGGUGAUGUCGGCCCACCAGGUCCUGAAGGGCCAAAGGGAGUUAAGGGAGACCAAGGAAUUAAGGGAGAAGCAGGUUUCCCAGGCGCUCCUGGGUUAAAGGGUCAGGCUGGCAUCCCUGGUACCCCAGGCAUCCCUGGCAAGAGGGGCUACAGGGGUGACAAAGGCGACCAGGGAGAUAAGGGGGAAAUAGGUCCUGAAGGCUCAACUGGACCAAGAGGUCCUGCAGGCCCAACUGGGGAGCCAGGAAAGGCUGAAAUCCACAACAAUGAAAAUGAUAUUCGCAACAUACCUCUGAUGGGCCCCCCUGGAUUACCUGGACUUCCAGGACCUCCUGGACUCCCUGGUACCAAGGGUGAAGUUGGUCUACCAGGUUCUCCAGGACUGGACGGAGAAAAGGGACCCAGAGGGAAGCCUGGAGAGCCUGGUCCCACAGGCCUAGUCGGUCCUGAAGGUCCUAAAGGUCCUAAAGGGGAGAGUGGUGUCAUUGGCUUCCCGGGACCUAAGGGAGACAUGGGUCCACCUGGAUCACCUGGUCCCAAAGGAGAACCUGGAGAAGGAGGAAGGUCAGAAAUGGUAAAGAUCUAUGGUCCUCAAGGGCCUCCAGGACCUCCAGGACCAGUUGGCCCAGCAGGAUCUCAAGGACUUCCAGGGCCUAAGGGAGAACCAGGCAUGGGCAUCAGAGGAGAAAAAGGAGCAACAGGUCAGAAAGGCGAAAAGGGAGACAAAGGCCAUCUUGGACUCCCUGGGGCUCAUGGGUUAGACGGCAGUCCGGGUCCAGUGGUGCCAGGGCCAGCAGGUAUGCCAGGGCCAGCAGGACCAAAGGGAGAAAGAGGUGAAAGGGGAGAUGUGGGAUUACCUGGACCAAUUGGACCACAAGGCAUCCCUGGUUUAGCAGGACCACAAGGACUCAAAGGGAACCGGGGAGAGAGGGGCAAGAAAGGCAACAGGGGGGCCAAAGGGGAUAAGGGAGACCAAGGAGCACCUGGAUUAGAUGCCCCCUGUCCGUUGGGAGACGAUGGCUUACCUGUGCCAGGAUGUUGGAAUAAAUGACAAUAACAUUGGAAUGGCUUGUGUGAUUGUAAAUAGUAUAUUUAUUUUUUUACUUUUUCCCAAUUCUGCUAUCAUCGAGAAAAAAGUAAAAAUCCUAAAAAUACAUGACAAAAUGUUUGUACAUAUUGUCUAUUUUAAUACGUAUAAUUAUAGAGGAAUAAAAAUGCCAAAAAAUCAAAGGUAAAUAAAUAUAUGACUCAAAUAAAUUAAUAUGCCGUUAAAUGCACCAAAAACAAUGUGGCAUAAAUUGACAUUUCUGAUUUAAUUUGCUUCUGUAUUAAUGAUGAUGUACCAAUUGCAUGGCUAAUUCUGAUACACGUUUUUAAAGGGCUGACCUACCAAUUCUGAUUUUAGCCAGUUCUGAUUUUCUUUCUUUCAAAGAACUAUAAUUGACAGCAUACACAAACAUUUUUGGAACGUUUUUUUAAUGGAAAAUUCUUUCUUUAAACUGGCCAUUUCUGGCCAUGGCCGAUUAAGCUGAAAAUCAUCCGAUUCCAGUCACCAUCCAAUCAAUAUACUAUUAAUCCCCCUAUUUAUUUCCUUUGUCAUUUAAUUUUCCAUUUAAUCUAAUGAUUCAUUUUUAAAUGUAUUUUAUUUUUGUAUUUAAAGUCCCCAUGAAAUCAAAAUCGAUGUUUAUUUGUUUUUAUUGCAAAUGCCUUGCACUAUAUGUCCCUAAUACACCAGCAUCUGGCCCAACAAUGAUAAACAAACAUUGUUUUGGAGGUAUUCUUGAUGGUAUUUUAGAGUUUGUCAUUACCUGGAAAACGAUUUUAAAAUGUUGAUGACAUCCUG